CUUCGCCCUUCAGGGUAAUUUCCUGCAUAUAUUAACCAAGUAUUAAUAAUGCACAAGCACAGUAUGGAGCUGCUAUGAUAAUUGAAUGGCAAAAAUUUCAAAAUUUAAGAAAAUUCACGGUAUUAUGUGGGUCGUAAGUUGCAUCAUUCAUUUAUCUUCUUUGAUAUUGGAAUUUCGAAUCUUUGAAGAAUGUUACAAGCCAUCGGUAAUCAUCGGGUUUCUUGUCGUUAUCCAAUCGUCACUCGGCUAUGACGGGCGUAUCCGAGGCCGUGGACCAAUCACAUGCAAGCUAUGUAAACAUUCUUGUUGGGCAAUUAUCAUAUGCAUACAGCAGGAAGCGAAGCCUUCGGUGACUAUUUGUCUCAAAGAUUUUUCACUUCAUUUUAUAGUAAAACCCAAGGGUUAUUAAAUACAGAGUUUCCAUGAGACAUUCUUAAACUAAAAAGAAUAUUUUUAGAUGGUUUUAGCUACAAUGGCGGAUUCCUCGGAGCGAGAGGAGCUGGAGGGAUUAAUCGAAGAUUGGAAUGCUAGCCGAUUGGAUAUGUUUACAAUCAGUAAACCCGAUGCGGUUAGUCUUCUUUUAUUUACAUUUUAUUUUUCUCGUUUGCUACACUAAACUGUGGUUAAAUUUAAUGAUAUAUGUAUCAAACUACAUCAACUUUUAACUCUACUUUUUAGAAUCUUGAAUUUUCUGGCAAUAUGCGGUUCUAUUUUCAAGAGCCCGGUGCGAAAGAUACAAAAGUUUCAACGAAGGUUCUUCGAGUGAGCAGUUCGGAUACUACAGACGAAGUUAUGAAGGUUUUAGUAUCGAAAUUUCAUCCUGAUAUGAGAAUGUUAACAAGGCCUAACUACUCGCUGUAUGAGGUUCACGAGACCGGGGCAGGUAUGUUAUGAAAACCGAGUUGAACCAGUUGAGUAUUUGAUGAUGAAAUCUGUAUGAUUUCAGGUUCAAUAUUUUUUAAAUGGCUGAGUUUUGUCAAGCCAACCAAGGUUGUCGGGCCAAUAUAUUUAUCAGUAAAUCCUCUAGAAAUCAUUCAUAAUUCAUCGCAAAUCCAGACUUUUGCAGACUGUCUAACGUUGAGUUAAUGCCCUAUAACAUUUGUUGAUAUUUUAAAUUGUGGUUAACCGACGACAACAGGGCAUUGCAUUCCGCUUUGAAAUUAGCUAUAAAAGUUUAGCUUUCAAAGUCGAAUAUCAAAGUCCUGUUUCUUUCUAAAACGUUCUAGAUUCUUUAUACACUAAACAACUUUUUUUCGUCUGUUCAAAAACAUACAAAUUUAACUUGAUUUUCUCGUGAGAACACAGCAAACUGCAUGCUAUUAUCUCAUCAACUUUUUACGCUUACGUGUAAACAAUUUUGUAUCUAUUUUUAUAAUAUCGUUUAAAAAGUAGAAACUUUUCUGACGACUUUUCAUAUAUGGAUUAACAAAAAUGACUGGAGGUGUUGAAAUGUGAUACUUAUUUGUAAAAUUCCGGUCAAAACUUUCACAUUUUUUCACCCAAACAACUUCUAGAUUAAUCCUAUUUUGAUAUUAAACCCUUCCCUCUUUUGGUAAAAAAUAAAUAGUUAACACAUUUAACGUCUAGGUAUUCCAUGAAAGUAUAAAUAUUAUAUUCUAGUGUAAAAUUUUAAAUAAUAAUAGCUAUUUUGAGUAAUUAUUUUGCAAUGUAAUUAAGUUUUUUUCGUAAUUGUCUUGGUCCGACUAAAUACUGCUUCUGAUGAGAAAUUUAGAACAUUUUAAUUGUAACAAGUUGAUUCUUUGUGGAAUUUUAGUGAAUUUUACUGUAAGAUGCGAAGGUUUCUUGAUGGCCUUUUAUGGUAUAGCAGUAUUGCUGCAUCAGUUGUAUUUACAUAUUUCUCUUUGAGAUGCAAGUGGUUUUGAGUUGUAAUACUAAAAUAUUUUUUGGUUCCAGGGGUUGCAAGCACCAUGUGGCUUCCUGUGUUCAGCCUCCAUUAUAUUCUUAAAUAUACUUGGUUUGGCAAUUUUCCCAAUUCUAUAUUACAAAAUUUGAUUGUUUUCUAUGAAAGGACAAAUGGGUUAAUAGUGUAUUAUUCCAAAAAACCCUUGAGAUUUUUUGGGACGUUUUAUUAUUUUUAGAGAUUCAAAAUGCAAGAAAAUUUAUGCCAGAAAUGUCGCUUUAUUUAACAGUAUGUAAACUAAGACUAGGACUGUUCGGUAUACCGAUAUACAAAAAUAUCGGUAUUAAAUCAAUAUCGGUAUAUCGAUACCGGAUAUUCAACCAUAUAUCGAUACCGGAUAUUCAACCAUUCGGUAUACCGUGUUUAGGCUUGGGCGGUUUACCGGUUUUUCGUUUUUUCCGGUUUUAUUUUCAAACCGGUUUUUUUCGGUUUAGCUUUUACAAAAACCGGAAAACCGUCAUUACGAAAUUGUUUACUGUCAACACCCGAAACUCGAUCCUAAUUCUCAAAACAUGACACUAAUUAAACACAAUUACAUGACACUAGAUACAAAUUAUAUUCUUUUUCCGUAAAGUCGGUAAGAACUAAAGAGGUAUAAGUUUUCAAAUGCGUUCUUGACCCUUUUAUUUUAUGUCAAAAAAUACCACAAUUCCUCCUCAUUCAGUUGAAAUACAAAUUAAAGGGAAAAACCGGUUUUCCGGUUUUACCGGUUUAGAAUCAGACGGUUUUUCGGUUUUGAUUUUAAGCAAAACCGCCCAAGCCUAACCGUGUUAAAUUUACCAACUAUAUGGCGAAACCAUAACCUUUAUUUUAUUACUGAAUGGCAAUUCAAAGAACUUUCUACUGCAAUGAUUUAGAAUUUCCACUUCAGUGAGAUUUUACACUGAGUAUGUGCAUGUCGUUUGAAACAUGUUCGAAACAGCUUUGAAAUUAUCGUUUUCCCUAAGUUUUAGAAUUACUCAAAAUUUCCUUCAAACUUCCAUUAAAGAAUUUUCCUUUAUAAUUAUCAAAGGAAAACCGGUAUUCCGAUAAUAUCGGUAUAAUUUUUUCGGUAUACCGAUACCGGAAAUUUCUCGUACCGAACAUUCCUAACUAAGACAUGAAAUUAUUUUAAUGGUUUUUAGAAGCCCACAAACUAGAAUUGGACCAAAGACCUCUGUAUGUUCAGUUGUAUUGGCAACGUGAAGACAGAGAUGGUCGUUUCUUACUCAAAAGUGAAGAAGACCAGAUGACUCAAAAACUCUUUGAGGAUGAAGAAUCUGCGAGAAAUCCAGACAAGCGAAAUUCAAAAGUACGUCAGUCGAAAAAAGGUGCGAAAAAUAAAAAGAAAGCUUCUCAAAUGGAAGAGAAACCUAAAAAUCUAGCAGCAGCACUUUAUGAGGACAAACCUGUUUCUUCUUUCACAAGAAGUAAAUCAAAUCCAGAAAUUGUCAUGAAAAUACAGCGAAAGAAAAAGCUUGAAGAUAAGUUAAAAAAACUUCAAGAUCCAGAGACUUCGGGAGGUGGCGGUGGACCAUUAAGAAUCUUUGCGGAAAGCCUUCAACCAGAAAAUCCGUAUAAAACAAUAUUAUGUGCAAGCAAUGAUACAACCGAAACUGUUCUUAAGGAUGCCUUACAAAAAUAUGAGGUGCCUCCAGAAGAGAUGGAUCAAUAUUGUUUAACAAUGGUGACAAUCGCUCCUGGAAAUCAUAGCGACCCAGAGUCUUCAUCUGGAAUUAAAGAAAGGGUCGUACCAGAUCACGAUUGUCCUGCUGCUAUUGCAGCAUCAUGGCCUGAAAAUUCUGGUGAACUUCGCUUCUAUCUGAAGAAAAAAGAAAACAUGCCAAAACGUAAACAAUUACAACCAAGGAAAAAACGUGACGAACCUCAUGCAAGAAGUAGUCGACCUGGUCCAACAGUCGGUGAUCAUAGCCCACCAGCCACUAAAGAAACAACAUUUGAUGCCAAAGAGCACUCUCCAACAGAAAAGGUAUUCUAAAUAGGACUGACAAUUCAGAAUGUGGGUGAUAUUCAAAUCCAAAAUCUUUUGCUCACCUACUUACCAUCCUGCAUAUAUUUCUUGGAUAUUUUUUAUAGGUGGCCCACUCCUUUUUAAAAUCCCCUUUUUAAAAAUUUCUCUCUUGCAACGUGCUGUUCUGCAUUACCCAAAGAUAUUGUUAUCCCACCAGUGGCGUAGCCAGCCUGACAAUUUAGUCCCGCUAUGCAAAUUCAGAAUUAUUAUCAUUAUUCAUUUCUUUAGAAAUGAAUUGUUUUCACAGUCAAUGAACACGAAAAUAUUUGCAUAGCGGGACUAAAUCGUCGGGCUGGCUACGCUACUGUAUCCCACAGCUGGCAAAGCCUAUUAUUAAAUUCUUUUGAUUUUUUUCCGAUAAAUAAGCUGGCUGAGUUAAUGAAAGACAUGGAAAAUGUUUUCUCACACACUCUUGGCAGCUCGAUGGAAUUAUCAAGUGUUAGAUGAGCACAUUUUUAUUGUUGCUCACCAUAGCUUGACAUAAAUCCCUGACCCUUAGGUAUGUAAUUCACAGGUUAGGUAUGUAAUGUAAUGUCAAGCUUGUGGCUGAUGAUGCGGCAGCUCCUAGCAAUGUGUGAGAAAUACAAAUAUUUUUUUCAGGAGCCUAGCUCGCCAGCAGUACAUAUUGUGGAUGCAGCUCGAGAUCUUCCUGCAACAUUAGAGUUUCGUGAAUCAGGCGAAGACGCCUUCUUUGCUGUGGUUGUGAGCGAGGUUAAUGGAUCUGCAGUGAACUUCAAACUGGCUCCAACAUUUACACUUUACAUGUGCUGUCGUUAUCGACUUUCACCAAAAUUCCGGCCAGAUUUCCCCCCAAACAAAAGACGAGAAAAAGUAACAAUGACAGCACAGAAAGUCGCAAGUAUGAUGUGGCAAACUGUAAAGGUGGGUUUGUAUUUUUUUGUUUAUGAGGACACAUACAUCGAUAAAUAAAUUUACCAGUCCCUGAUAUAGAUCUAACCGUGGUGUGCUGUCUCAUUGGAAAGAAUUGACCAUUUGCAUAAUAGACUAAAUUUUGAUCUGAACAAGUCUAGACAAAAAUUUCAUCACAGCUUGAAAGAGCGUCACAAAAUUAGCAAUAUUUGCGAAAUGUUGUAAAAUGCGGAAAAUAUAGCCUUGCGAAGUUUGCAAUUUUCAGUCAUUUUAGAUUACAAACGGGAAAUUGACAGUUUGUAAUCUAAAAUGACUGAAAAUUGCAAACUUCGCAAGGCUAUAUUUUCCGCAUUUUACAACAUUUCGCAACGAAACUUUGGAAUAUUACUAAUUUUGUGACGCUCUUUCAAGCUGUGAUGAAAUUUUUGUUGAGAACAAAAUUUAGUCUGUUAUGCAAGUGGUCAAUUAAGAAGAAUAAAAAUGUGCAAGCUAAACACUUGUGCACCUGAAAAUGCAAUUAGACUUACUAAUAACAUUUGUGUCAUGGUUUUGAAUUGAACCUGAUGUUUAUUAGAAAUAUUUUAACGACACAUGUAGGAAAACAAUGGCAUGGCAGGUCCUUUGGCAUUCUGGAUGGCAAACUCUUCAGAAUUUUUACACUUUCUCAAACAAGACGUGGAACUAUCUGGCAUGACAGAGGAAAGCCAGAGAAUCCUUGCUCACACAACGCAACAAGCUUUUCGUUCGCUUGUACAAUGUAUCAAGGCAGAACUUCAGGGCUGUCUUCCCGCCUUCCUUGAUCCCUCGGAAGAAAGUGAUCUUGAUGAACAUGGAGAGAAUGGUAUUGAUGAGAAAUUUGAUCCAAUGGAAGGUUAUCAGUCCACCGAGCGAAGCUUUAAAGUGAGGCAGUAUGGGCCACAUGGACAGCCCCUUGGUGGUGAUCAGUGGAUGGGUAAGGGUGGAUGAUGAACUAUUUGAGAACCAGUGAUUUUCUGUUCGGCAAACAACCAAAAUGUCCAUGCAUGUUUCUAAAGUAGUCUCAUUUAUAUGACAUAAUGAAUAAUGGCUAACACUUCCCCUUAAAAUUAGUUUUGUCACAUGUUUCCCAGAUUAAAUAGUACACAUUAAACAAUAGUUUAUUUCACUUUACUGUAAGAUUUCUCUCCCCCCCCCAGGAAAGAGAAAGAAAACGUCAAGACCUAUCGUGGGCGAUGUUCUCUACACACUGAAAGCGGCAAUGUCAUUAUUACGAAGAUGUCGAGUGAACCCAGCUCUCACAAUCCAGUUAUUCUCGCAGGUCUUUCAUUUCAUUAACAUGUGGCUUUUUAACCGUAUCGUCCUUGAGCCACAACUCAGGCUGUGUACCAGAUCGUGGGGUGCAAGGCUACGAGAGAGACUUGAACGCCUUCAAGCUUGGGCAGAAAGUCAAGGUCUUGAAUUGGCUGCUGAGUGCCACUUGGCAAGAAUUAGUCAGGUAUGGUUUAAUAAUAUUUAUCUUCCUUAGUAAUGUUAAGAAUUACUGGUACACAUAUUUUUGCAAAGUUAUUUACAAGAAUACAUAGACAUCACACUGUAAAGGAAUAAAGUAAAGGAGACACAGUAAAGAUAUACCAGGUUUAAAAUAUGUGAAAACAAACAAUACAAUGCUGAUUUUGUGAGUUUUAGUCCAGACAUUAUGUCAAGCAUUAUCACAUUGGGCAGAAUAAAUUACUAAGUCAGCAACCUUGCCCUUAAUAAAAACAUGAAAAUUGCGUUGAAAUCUUCCGUAGUUUGUAAUUAUAUACUGUAGUUGCAUGACUUUCAUGAUUAUUUUCUAGGCUGCAUUGUUACUACAAAUCCCAAAGCAAGACUCAACCGCCAUUUCAUCACAUUGCUACAAAUUAAACUCUCUUCAAUUGCGACAACUGCUUGAACUGUACCAGCCAGAAAGAGACGAACCUGCUAUUUCACUUGAACUUAUUGAGAAAGCUGUAAGUGUUGCUGAGAGUACGGCUGAUGAGAUAGCUCGCAGUGAAGGUCAGAAAGUACUUCUUGAAGAAGAGCCAGAACUUCAUCUACCAUUCCUCCUGCCUGAUGAUGGUUAUUCCUCCGAGAAAAUACGUGGUGUUCCGCCUGGCUUGAAGGAAUUUCUUGAUCCGUUGAUUACUCCAGGUAAGGUUUUGUAUUGAAAUGUGUAAUAGGGAGAACAAGGCUUUGUGUUAAAUCGUAAUGUUGGAGUUACUGUUCUUGACAACUAGAGCAUAAUUCUGAAAUGAUCUAUUGAUGUCUUCAUGCAUGGUAUCAGACUGAGAUUCUUGCACAAAAAGCAAAUUAUGUAUGUCCAUCAUAGUUGCCUUGUUGCAUUCAUUAAGUCUUUUUUCUAAAGGUCUGUGCCGACUAACAAUUCAGCCGAAAGCCUCUGGUCUUUGGACAGUUCAUUUCAAGAUUCCUGUAGGUGCGUACAAGUUUACAUUUUACAUGUUUGAUUUAAUGCGCUGUUUUUACGAAGACUUUAAUGUUUUGGAAAUAACCAUACAAUUUUUUGUUUCAGGUUUAGAAAGUCCUCCACCAGAGGUAAGUUUGAUAAUAGGUUGUCACUACAUUGUGGAAAAGACCUAUACUAUCAAUAAACGAUUUUUAUAUGUCACUAAAAUUGUAUCUUAGAGGCAUGUAUUUUUUUUGUAUAUCUAGGUGAUUAAAAUCUCCAUCAACAAAGGAAAUAAAGGAAUGGGUGUCAGUAUUGUUGCAGCUAAGGUCAGUUGAACGCAUGUACACUAGUCUACUGCUAAAGAACGUGUACAGGAAUUAGGAGUAAACAUAUGGACAUUGCGUGAAAAUUGCUAAUCAAAGUCACGGUACUAGUACCUGUAAGUCGAAACCGAGGUGCCUAAACUUCUGUAAUGACUGAGUACAUACCCAUCAAAGAUGUGAUACUUGCAUAACGUAAGAACGGUAAAAUCUCAAGUGUCCACUUUAGUUUAUAACAUAGUUUAUUAUCCUUACAGGGUGCAGGACAAGAACGCUAUGGUAUCUAUGUCAAGGAAGUGAUUGAUGGUGGGCCAGCAGCUCAGGUAAGCUUCAUUGUCAAUGAAUUCAUUUAGAGAGAGUGGGGAGAGAGUGCUAAGAGCUCAGCUGAAUUACGCAAGAGUCGAAUUCGAGAGACAGCUACGUGUCCGAAGCCUUAACGAAGUGUUAUGUGUAUAUUUUAGGAUGGCCGUCUCAGUCCUGGUGAUCAAAUAAUGGACGUCAAUGGUGAAUCAUUAGUUGGAAUACAACAAGAAGAGUAUGUGUUUAAUAAUUCUUCAACUGCACGCUGUCGUUUUUUGCAUCUGAAGAUGAACACUCCCAGAUUAAAAAAAAACUUCAAUGAUUUCUAAGAAAAUUUUGACAGGUUUAAUCUGAUCGACUGAGUGCCCUUAAAGAUGAACGGUUCAGACGAAUAUUGUCUAUUCUCUCGUAAUGUUUGCAGAAGAGCAUUUCAUAAGCCAUGACAUCAAAGUUUUAUUUGAGCAUGGAUAUUUUUUAUCUUUUACUCGGAUGGAAACAGUGGUAACCUAGCAAUAAACGACUGUUUUUAAACACAUUUCUCUACAGACUAUUACAAUUUGUAACAUACAUUCUCCUUUUCUAGUGCUGUAAAGAUUUUGAUCAAGGCUGGUUCAGUGGUUAAUAUGACAGUCGCAAAGAAAGCUGUUUAUAACCAUGGCUUAGUUCAGUUACUGAGUAGCGUUGCACCAGUCCAGCCUGUCCAGAAGGGUAAGUCUGUUAUUAAAUAAUGAUGAAAUUCUGUCUUUUGUAUUCAUAUCUAACUAAACGUUAUAUAUCCUGCUAUAUCAGUUCUAAAUUGCCCUUCCUUCUGGUCUAGUAAGAUCAUCCCUUGUCUGUCCAGAGAUCUACUGAUGUAACCCUCAGUGGUGUUAGGAAAAAAUCAAAUGUAAUGAAGGACAAAAUUGGAUGAGUCGUACAGGCAUAAUUCAUCAGUACUGCAUGCAUAUGUCACGUAGUUGACUUCAGGAGCGAGGGGGGGGGGGUACAUUCUAAGCCCUGGCAUUUUAUGGGGGGGGGGGCGUGACCUGGAUCGCUGCACCUCCCCUAAAGUCCACCUCCCCCACCAUUUGCAGCAAAAUCCAGCUGUGGAUGAAACUCAUGGCGCUAACCUAGCAAUGUGUAAUCAAUACCAUAACAUUCUUGCUCUUUUAGUGGAUGGGCAAAAUAGGACAGCAGAGAAUAAGAAUCUCUCGCCACUUCCUCAGAAGAAAGAAACUCCUCGAGCGCCUCCAAGAUAUCGACCUCCGCAAGACUCUCCUCAGCGGUCUCCCCCACUCAACACAAGCGUACAAUCCGAGGUUGACCAGAAGCUAGUAAAACCGGAACCGAAACAGGUUAAACCUGAACCACACAGGAGACGAAGUCCGUAUGACCGAAGUCAGUAUGAAGCCCCAGAACAGGUGAGAUUACACUGCUGGUUGACCACUAUUUACUGCAUGAUAAUAUUAAAGUAUAUUUAGUCAACUUCAUAUAGUGAUUGGCGAUUUAUGCGAGAGAAUGAUCACCCGUCUCAUUCGUGCAAACUCAAAGCAAACUGGCUAGAAUAGCAUAGUAUGGACUAUUAGACUGGCAAUGCUUCUGGGAACAUUUCUUGUCUGAUUUAAAACACGCCAACUCGUCUGUGUAGACCGUUGGUGUACGCUAAGACGUGGAUAGCUAGUCUUAACAUGAUGCGUUUGUGAACAUGCGAAUUAUCAGACGAAACUAUAAUUUCUUUAUCAAAGCUUGCCCAGUCGGAUCGCUCAUUUCUGGUGUAUAAAUCGGGCCAAUUCUGUGUAAUCUGUUCCACAUAGAGCUCCAGUAAAGAUAAUUUCUUUUUGAUCCAGUGUUACUACUGGAGUUAUCGUAAACCAAACUAUUUUUUAUACUAGGUACUAUAAUACUAGAUAGCUUCAUCAGUUCAGAACUGGUCUCCCUUGGUCUCCCUAAUAUAGGAAAGGCAACGUUGCUUUCUCGCCGGCAUAUUUGGACUAAAUUGUUGUUUGUUUUGUUUUUCAGCCUCCAGUGCAGACGAAGACGGUUGUGGAGUAUACAUUAGAGGAACCUCCUCCUGGUCGAAAACCGCCGAUUGGUGUCAAGCCUCUUCCUUAUGCGAACCCGCAAGAAAUUCAAAGACGGCAACAGGAAAUGCAACAACGUAAAUUGGAAGAGCAGGAGAAAGAAAAUUUCGAAAGAGAAAGGAUUGCGAGGGAACAAGAACGAAUGAAGAAAGUUAAGGAAGAUAGAGAAGAAGCUGAACGUUUAGAAAGAAUGAAAAGAGAAGAACAAGCUCGUCAGGAACGCGAGAGAAUGGAAAGAGAACAGCAAGAACGACAGAGGGUUGAAAGGGAACAACAAGAGCGACUGAGGAUUGAAAGAGAACAACAGGAGCGACAGAAGAUUGAAAGGGAGAGACAGGAACGCGAGAGGAUAGAGCGAGAACAACAGGAACGACAGAGGAUUGAACAGGAACGGCAGAGGAGAGAACGAGAAGAACAAGAGAGGCAGAGAAGAGAAAGAGAAGAAGCAGACCGCAAACGAAGAGAGGACUGGGAACGAGAGAAAAGUGAGAGAGAAGAAUCAGAACGUAGAAGGCAAGAAGAAAGGAAGAAACAGCAACAAGAUAGAUUGGAAAGAGAACAACGGGAGAAGGAAGAACAUGCGAAACGAAUGCAGCAAGAAAAUGCAGGCUUGGAUGAAAUGUCCCGUCGUGAACGAGAAUUGGAAAUGAUGUUGGAACAAAAACGUCGUGAGAAAGAAAACCGGUUGAAGGAAUUACAACGACAAAUUCAGGAAGAACGCGCAGAAUCUGAGAGAAUGGAACAAGAACUGAUAGAACGCUUGAGAAAAGAGCGAGAAGAACGUCCACAGAGGAUGAUGAAGCCAUCUGGGGGAAGCACGGUACAUUAUGUGAACGAUAAAGGACAUCAGAAUGAGAAGAACGAGAUGGUUAGAAAUGAAGAUAUGCGAUCAAGCCGUCCAGUGAGAGCUCCAACACCUGCAAAUGAAAACAGAAGUGAUCCUCCAAUCGACAUGAGACGACCGCCAUUACCGAAUGAAGAUACCCGUGGGAACUUUGGCGGUCUAGUUAACGAAAGUAGAAGAGAAGAGAUACGACCAAACCGUCCCAUGGACUACAACAAAAGAGGACCAGCGUCAGCCGACGAGAACAGAAGUACUCCUCCAUUAGCAAGACGACCUCCUAUGCCUAGUGAUGAUAAUCGUGGGAAUUACAGUCCUGGGAAAAGGCCGACAUUACAAAAUUCUAGAGAAGAUUCGUUUGAAAUGGACCCAGCCGAAGUCGAACGUCAGUUUCAACAUCGUCUUGCACAGGAAGCUUCUGCCGGAAAGAGCGAGGUGGACGGAGUGCGAGUUAUCCGGGUACCUGUACAACAGGAUAACUGGGAAUCACGUGGGAUAGAUACGGAAGACAGACCACGUGUACGUGUGGAUAGACAGCGAGAGGAAGAGGACAGAAAUCGUAAGGAACAACAAUGGCGGCGAGAACAGGACGAUCAGUUGGUUCGCGAUUUUCAACAAAAUGAAUCCUUGAGACAGCAACCCGCUGGAGCAGUGGCCGAGCCAGUACAUCCAAAUCAAGGGGACUGGGAGAAAGACGAGGAGCUACGACGUCAGCGCGAGGAAGACGACCGACUCCGAGAAGCGAGAGCGAAUCAACUUCGAAAUCGAAUCAUCGAACGUCCCGAAGACGACGAAGAACUUCGUGACACGUCGAACGGUCGAACCCGACGAGUAAAGUUCGCGAGUGUUCGUACCGAGAUCAUUCAACCGUCGCCUGAUGCAGAGUUAACAAAACAAGGACACUCGGUCAAAUUUGUUCAUGAUGGCAAGGUAGAAGAUAGCGAUGAUGACGAAUUCCCGAGUCCUCCACCCCCCGCCGAUGACGAGCCCUUACCCCCUCCUCCACAAGAUCAAGUCGACUACUACCAAAGGCCACCACCCCCUCCCAAACCCCAAAACUUAAUUAGUAACGGAGGUGGUAACCCCCCAGAAUAUCAAGUUGGUGCUAACCCGCCAUACACUAGAGACAAUGAACAUAUUGCCCGUGCGCGGGUUCAACUCAGUGAUGAUGGCUAUGCAACUUACCCUGGUCCUAGACGUCAACAACAUAAUAACAACUAUCCUGUCCCCAAACCCCGCGGUAGCGUUUCAACCGACUUCAGUAAGUCCCCGAGCCCUGACAACGCCAAACUACCUUUUAAGGACAAAAUGAAAGUAUUCAAUGAAAACACACCGCCUCAAAGAUAUACGACAUCUAAAUGGGAACAGAGGUGGGUCAAUGGCGAUCCCUUAUGAGACAUGUAUGUUUUUGAACAAAUAAUAUCAAAUUGAAAGGAAUUUAAGGCGGCUCCCUGCAGUUUUCCGAAUGGCAAAGUUUGCCCAAAGUACUGGCCCAUAGUGAACUUGUUGGAAACCUCAUGAAAAUAAUUAUUUUACAAGAAUGUUUACUGUAAAACUGUGGGAUACAAUUUUCAGAGUUCUUCGCUUUUGGGAUAUUCGGUCUGUAGGUUAAACAGUGCUACAGAGGCACACACAUAGGAAUGCUGCAGGAAGCCACCAUACCGAACACACACGCAAAAAAUUCGAGGAUAUCUUGAUUAUAUUGAUGAUAUCUAGACGAUAAUGUUGAUAUAUAGAUUAUAUUGAUUGAUGGUGUGUAUACCAUCGGUUUGCAUAGAACGCAAGAAAUUUUUAUAUUUCUAAUUUAAUGAGGCAAAUUUUAGAGACAUGAUAUUUUUGCCAAGGUUUAUAUCUAUACGAUAUUUUUAGACAUUUUAGCAGAAUGCAUUUUAGUACAUAAUACGUGUACCUCUUUUAAUGAGGUUCUACAGGGGUUAGUGACUUUCAUUCCCAGUUAAAUUUGGUUACUGACGAAUGAUGAAAUUAAAGGAGCUGGAUUACAUUAUCUAAGUUUUUGUUAUUACAGUUAUGUACUGUUUAAAUUAAUAAGCGUUUACACCUGUUAACAAGUCGUGUGCACCUCUGACACAUUGAUCAAAUCUUACUUUUACCAUGCAAAAACUUUGAUAGUGUAAACUAGUCUUCGCUGAGUUUUGAAGGGCGAUAUUAAACAUUGGGAUAAAAACAAGUAAAUUUCAUUGCUUGUUGGGCAUAAUGAUAUGCAAGGUUAGUUGUUAAUGUGUACCAGCUGACUAUUCAUGUUUCGAAUUUUCGUUUAUUACAAGAUUGAAGUGAAAAAGAAACGUUUCAAAAGCACUGUUUUAAAAUAAUGAAAAUUUUGCCUAAUCCUGCUACACUCUUCGACAAAGUUAAUUGUACAUCAUUGACAAUCAAAUUUCAUGCCCCUCUCCCGAGUGUGGUGUAAGUAACCAUGCACCAAACAAGUUUUGCUAAUUUGCCAUGACUCAACAUGGAAUGGGAAUUUAUUACUAUUUAUCGUGAGCUGUGUAUCGUCAACUAGCUAUGUCUAAGGCCUGUUUUAUACCUAGAAUUUUGGUCGCGUCGAAUGCAAUUAAUGGAUAAUGAGAUGAUAAACCUCAUUUAAGCUUCAUUAUUUAUUGUUUGAAAUGCAUUCGACGCGACCGAAAUUCGACGCAUAAAACAGGCCUUAAGAUUGCAGCAGGAUAAAUCGAGGCAAUCUUCUAAGCUUAAGUUGUGUCCAGAAGUUAUAAUUUUUGUGAAAACAUGCUGGUAUACAUUGACUUCACGGUUAUGAGAGUAAUAUAUCUUACACGAAAAGAACUGUAAAUAAUUUAGUCACUUGUAUAUUGUGGUAACAUGAAGAAAAUAUUUCUACAAUGAAAU